AUGACUAAAGAUAAUAACGGAAGCUAUAAUAUUCAUCGCCUUAUCCAGCUAGUAAUGCUAAUUUGCGCUAUAUAUUAUUCUUAUAUAACUACUAUACUACGAUUAUAUGAUUCUAGCUUUAGAGAUAAAACUAAGGAUAACGUAGAGCCGCUCAACCUAGAAGGAAUACGUAUAAGAAAAGGGAUAUUUAGCCGGUGGGAAGAGGCAGAGAAGCUCGAGGUGCAGGUAAUAGAGAUAAGUAAGAUGAAGCUUAGAGAAGACUAUCCUAAUACACUAAGGAGUAUGGCUAAUCUUGCAUUAAUAUAUAGGAUUUAA